AUGGUCAAAGCUGGGAAAAGCGCUCGCAAAGCCCACCGAAGCUUCGCCAAUUACAAGACCAAAAUGAUUGCUUUCCGGCGUCCAGACGGAACAGUUACAGCGUCUAGAAAUGCAAUAGAGAAAAUCAUUCACGAAUACUACUCGGAUCUCUUCCUUAACCACGUCCACCUUCCGUCAUAUGAAAUAAAGGAGGAUAGAUAUGUUGUACCACCGGUUCUCCCUUCCGAAAUCCGAUAUGCCAUUUUGUCGGUGAAAAACCGAGCAGCACCAGAUGACACCGUCCUUAUAACACCAGACAUUAACCUAGCGGAACGAAUGCUUGCCGACUUUGAUAAAGCCUGUGGAAAGAUUGGUCUUCCACUAAAUCUCCCAGAAACGAUGUUCACGAGGAGCGGAUUGGUUUCGUAUGCCCCAUUCACGCUCAACGGAACGAAUAUCUCCGAACGGUCCAGUUAUGUCUAUCUAGGUCGGGAAAUCGAUAGGAUGAGCGAUUUAGCUCCAGAGUUGAGCAGAAGUAAACAAGAGGCUUGUGGAGCUUUCAAGAGCAUCGGGGAUACAGUGAAGAGAACAAGAAGCGCCCGACUCCGUGCCCAUCUUUUUGACACCUGCCUUAACGUAUGCAUGAGAAACCUGGUCGCUGAGUAA